AUGCGCCCGCCCCCGGCGACCGCGCCACCGCGCGCGCUCGCGCUGACCGCGGCCGCCGUGCCCCCGACCGGGUCCGGCCACGCCCGCGGUUACCACGCCCUCCCCGUCACCCCUGUCGUGCUCUCCUUCCCGCGGCCGCGCCGCCCGCUCACGUCGUUCUCUGCCGCUACCUCGGACCGCCGCCCUCCGCUGCUCCCCGCGCCCAGCCCACGCGCUGCUGCCACCGUUCGCCGGCCGCGCCCCGCAGUCGCCUCACCCACGCUCAUUGGCUCUGCUCGCCCCUGCUACUACGCGCCACCGCCUCCCUCACACGUCGGCUCCUCCCCCUAA